GAAGAAAAUGCUGUGCUCGCGCUCAAAUCUUGGAGUUAUCAGAUAUUAACUUGUCAUGGCUUAGCAAAGGUGAAAGGGAGCGAAUAAACUGUGCCAAUGCAUGCUAUGUGAGUGUGGAGCGUGCCAUUGGAAUAAAACGAGGGGAUCCUGGGUAUGUAAUGCGCGAGUGUGUGUGAUAAGAAGGUGGGGGUUAGAGACCCCGUCGUGUUUUGACCCCCCAAACAACUCCCAACCACCAUCUCUCCCCUCACCGUCUCUGCCUCUCUCAAUGUUUAAAGCAACAUCGCCCAUGUCGCUGUGAAAAUUUCCAGCCUGUCGCGACAGCCCAUGGACAGCGAGAACGGCCAAAAAGGACGCAAUUUCUCCUCACCAAGCAUCUCGCCUGCGAGCCGGACCCUAAGACAUAACGUGCGGACCCACCAGCGCGCUCUCGAAACCGAAGCCAAUGCAGGAUACCACGAGCACCGCCUGAGAGUGACUUUAACCUACACGUCAAAUCUAGGUUUCGAUAAUCUGUAUACAGGACGCAGAACGCCUGCGCUGGACAGCCGGUCUGGUCUCAUCCUUCCCAGAGUAGGAUUGGCUUCCGUGUCGCAUGGAUAAGAGGUAUGAAGACCUGGUGCACUACUCAGGGUCAGAGGGCAUGCCCGUGGGGGGGUAUGGAGAGGUCAUGAGGUCACUGCCCCCCCCUCACUAUGGCCACACUGUGCCAGAUUCCCUCAAACACCACAGGGACCAGAUCUAUGGACAUCCCCUGUUUCCACUUCUGGCCCUGGUGUUUGAGAAGUGCGAGCUGGCCACCUGCUCCCCGCGGGAUGUCACAGCCCUCUCAGUGCCACCCCACCUCCAAGGCCUGACCAAUCACAGUGAUGUAUGCUCCUCAGACUCCUUCAACGAUGACAUCGCAGCCUUCGCCAAACAGAUUCGCUCAGAGAAGCCCAUUUUUUCAACAAAUCCUGAACUGGACAACCUGAUGAUCCAGGCCAUUCAGGUACUACGUUUCCACCUGUUGGAGCUAGAAAAGGUUCAUGACCUGUGUGAUAACUUCUGCAAUCGCUACAUUACCUGCCUGAAGGGCAAGAUGCCCACAGACCUGAUUUUGGAUGACAGGGAGGGCGGGUCCAAGUCUGACGUGGAGGAUUUCACUGGCUCCUGCACCAGUCUGUCAGAGCAGAAUCAGUCGUGGUUGCGGGACCCAGAUGACUGUGCGUCCACUCCACUAGGGACCCCUGGCAUGUCAUGUGGCCUGCCUUCACACAGCACAGACAACUGCAGCGAUACGGGGGAUGGUUUGGAUGGGGGCGUGGCCUCCCCCAGUACGGGAGAGGAGGACGAGACGGACCGAGACAGAAGGAACAACAAGAAGAGGGGAAUUUUCCCCAAACUGGCAACCAACAUCAUGAGGGCAUGGCUCUUCCAGCAUUUAUCGCACCCAUACCCCUCGGAGGAGCAGAAGAAGCAGCUGGCACAGGACACAGGACUGACCAUCCUGCAGGUCAACAACUGGUUUAUCAAUGCAAGACGGAGAAUAGUACAGCCCAUGAUUGACCAGUCAAAUCGCUCAGGUCAAAGUGGUCCUUACAGCCCAGAGGGAGCAGCACUGGGGGGCUACGGACUGGACGGCCAAGCCCACCUGGCUCUCAGGGCAGCAGGUCUUCAGGGGAUGCCGUCUCUUCCAGCAGAGUACCCCGGGGCCCUGCUGUCCCAGUCUGGCUACCCCCACGCCGGCCCAACCCUGCACCCCUACCCCGGCCCCCACCCCGCCAUGCUGCUGCACCCGUCGCCCCACCCCCACCCCGCCGAUCCCCUUAUAGGCCAGGGCCUGGACAUACACGCCCACUAACUGAGAAGGAAGGGUGUGAAGGAGAGGGGAGAGAGGGGCCAUCCUGGGGGAGAUGGGGGCUCACACACCCGCCACACGCUAACUACGACAGCAUGGCGCAGUCCAAAUGUUUACAUUCCCUGACCUCCACAUAGUCACUCAACCCACUCAACCCACUGUCUGCAACAUUCAUACACUGCCCUUAACAUACCACCGCUGGCCCCUCUUAUACCAUCAAUAACAUACUUACAUUCCAUCUCACAGAAGUAGACAGACACACACCAUACUGAGCCCUUGAGUGUGAGCCAAACCCUCUUCAGGGUGGAAGAGGCGAACGUCCUCAGCCCCUUCCCUCUCCACAUACUCUAUGCUGACAGUGAGCUGUCUGACUCCCAGGAUAGCGCCCCCUCUAGGAGCAUAGAGGAACACCCCACACGGACCACUGAUCAGCCAACUUGCCUCUCUCUCCCACCUGGCCUACUGGCCAACCAAGCGGAAAGACAGAAGGACACAUGUCGGACACACAGUUCCCGGUCUGCCUGUGUCACCUUAACCUCUAUAACCCUCAACGCCCCUCCUCCCAGCCUUAUGACCUCACACAGCCCAGGCUUGAAGUGUUGUGAUUGGACAGGAUGCCAGUGAUGCACUCUGACCCCUCUCCACCUUAUUUAAUUUAAUUUGAGUUUUUUUAGAUCUAUUUUUGUAUUUAUGUGUGUGUUAGACAGACGCGACCUCACAAAAGUCCUGUGAACAGCGAUCUUCCAGGGCGUCACUCUGCAUGACUCGAAUACAAUAUGAAUGAGCUCAAUUUGUCUCUCUCAGUACCUUGGUUUGUUUAAAUACGUUUGGAAUGAGUUGAUCACUUACCUCCUUAAGAUCCUGUCAGACAUGAAUAGUGGGGUUUACUGUGGGAUCCACAUCAUAGGUCAAACAGUGAACGUACGCACGCACACACACACACACACACACACACACACACACACACACACACACACACACGCACACACACACACACACACACACACACACACACACGCACGAUCCUGUCGAACCAUUUCAUGGUCCAUGUUGUCUGCCAUUGGGUUUAAGGAGGACAGCCAAAGGACUUUACACAUGCUGCAUCUUCCUCAGUCCCGUAUGGGUCUGAUCAAAUAAUUUAUUUCCAAAUGUUAAUGAUGAUAAUUGAUGAUAAUGAUGUUACAGUUAAGAUUAUACUUAUAGUAUUAAAAGCUUUCUUUUGUAAAAAUGUGUGAAUGACUUAUUCUUUGAGUUUGCCCUCUAAUUAUUUGCAGUAAGUUGUGAAAGGUAUACACAGUAGUGAAAUACACAAAUCGGUAAUAGGUCAUCUUGAAAAUAUUCGUAUUUUCUUCCUGGUACAAUCACAUGUUGUCACUAUAUGCUAUUUGGCUCAUUUUCAACGGAUGUUUGCAGCUGCAUUGUAUCCCCGUCUCUUGUUUCUCUACUAGCCAAGCAUCCUCCCUGACCUCUCUCCCCCUCUCCUUUAGUUUAGCUCUUUGUUUGUUUUUUCUCCUCAUUUUCACUCAAUCUUUCCACAUUCCUUUCUCAUUCACUUCAUACCUCCUCCCAUCUGCAGGGCCAUGUGCAACAAGGUUCAAAUCCAAGCCAAAGUGAUUACUCAUUAAAUGUCAAACACAAUUCAAAUGCUUUUGGCAUGGCCUAAACCCUCCUCCUCCACCCGGCCAUCCAUUCAAUCCCCACCUUACCCCUGUCAUGUGAUAGAUGCAGCCUGCAGCAGGGGUCAGAGUUCAUACAAGGGUCAACAGGAAAUGGCCUGGCUUUCUGACCCUUAGGGCUGACCCUAAGUCCCAUCACUUAUUUUCCUGUCCACACACUCAUUCGCCUUGUCCAUCCUGUCACGCUACCCUCCAGACAUGCUAGUCAUGUCCCAGCUGUAAAUUUUGUCCCCAAUCCGUGGACACACAGUUGGUUCAUAAUCUGUUGCACUGCAGGUCUAUUGUUCACAUCGAGCUUCCUGACCAUAUGCAGGAGUUCAUUUAUGAAUGUGUUCAUCUUUCUUAUUAUCUUGACUAUAUAAAGUGACUUUGGAGCUUGAAAAGCACUUAAAAUAAAAUGUACUAUUAUUUUUACUUAAA